CCUCUCUAUUUUUUUCCCAGCUUUUAAGCAGCUGUCCUCUCUCUGUCAUUUUCUGCUUUUUUUUUUCCUCUUUACUUGCAUUAAUAACACAAAGCCUAUGGCAGUCAUAUCAUUACAAGAAGUUGAAAAACAUAAUACUAAAGAUGAUAUCUGGGUUAUUAUUCAUGGGAAAGUUUAUGAUCUCACUAAUUUCUUACCUGAACAUCCCGGUGGUCAGAAAGUGAUACUAAAAUAUGCUGGAAAGGAUGCUACCGAUGCGUUUGACCCUAUUCAUCCUCCUGAUAUCAUUCAACGCUUUUUAUCUCCAGAUGUAUGCAAAGGAGAAGUUGAUCCUGAAGCACUCGCAAAUGUUGAAAAAGUGGAAACAGAAGAAGAUAAGCGAGUUAGAAUUGCUAGAGAAAAUAUGCCUCGAUUAGAAGAAAUGUAUAAUGCAUUUGACUUUGAAGCUGUUGCUAAGACCGUGUUAAAGUCUGACGCGUGGGCUUAUUAUUCAUCGGGCGCCGAUGACGAGAUCACCAUGAGGGAAAAUCACAAUGCUUAUCAUCGUAUCUGGUUUAAGCCUCGUGUCAUGGUCAAUGUGAAAGACGUGGAUCCCUCAACGACUAUGCUCGGUACCCGCGUUUCGUUUCCUUUGUAUAUUACAGCUACCGCAUUAGGAAAAUUAGGUCACCGAGAAGGUGAAGUGGUCUUGACAAGAGCAGCUGCAAAAAGGAAUGUGAUUCAGAUGAUUUCAACCUUGUCAUCCUGCUCUUUUGAUGAAAUUGUGAACGCCAGUGUUCCUCAUCAAUCACAAUGGCUACAGCUCUAUGUCAAUUCUAAUCGUAAAGUCACAGAAACCUUUAUUCGUCAUGCUGAAGAAAGAGGAAUGAAGGGUUUAUUUAUUACAGCCGAUGCCCCACAGCUUGGCCGUCGAGAAAAGGACAUGCGUCAAAAGUAUUCAUUAGAUGCUCCGGAAGAAAUUGAGCGUAGUGCUACCGAAAUGCGUCGAGAUGAAGGUGCUGCACGGGCUAUUAGUAAGUUUAUAGAUCCUUCUUUGUGUUGGGAUGAUAUAGCCUGGUUCAAGAGUAUCACAAAAAUGCCUAUCCUUAUCAAGGGAAUACAAACACCCGAGGAUGCUGUCCUUGCGGCAAAACACGGUUGCCAAGGUAUUGUGCUCUCUAACCAUGGUGGUAGGCAACUUGAUUUUGCUCCUUCUGCAAUUGAAAUUCUACCUGAGGUUAUGUCUGCUCUCAAAAGAGAAAAGCUGGACGAAGGAUUUGAAGUAUAUGUGGAUGGUGGUAUUCGUCGUGGUAGCGAUAUCUUUAAAGCCAUAGCACUAGGUGCUAAAGGUGUUGGCAUUGGCCGCCCAUCACUCUAUGCUAUGUCAUCCUAUGGAGAAGCAGGUGUAGAACGACUUUUAGAAUUAUUACAGAACGAGUUUGAGAUGGUCAUGCGUUUGAUGGGUGUGACUUCCAUUGAUCAGAUAAAGCCUGAAAUGGUUGAUAUUCGAAACUUACAAGAUCAUUUUGUAGCAAAUCCAAAGGACUAUUUGGGAAGCUAUGCUUAUGAUAAGAUGUAUCCUAGAACACACUUUUCCAAGUUAUAAAAAAAAAGAGAUAAUAAAAUUGUAUCUCUUACAAAAACAGAGAGAAAGAUUCUAAUUUAUAAGUUAACAUUUUAUUUCAAAUGAUACAAUAAGCCUAUCAUUGUUUGUCAUUAGCU